UAAUAAGUUACCCCGCAGUUUAGUUUGCCAGCCAUCGUGGAGUAAAACCAGCUAAAGAAAUAACCGUGUCUCAGCCUUAUCGGCGUGCUUCGGUGAAAAUAAAUGCCAUGCUCCGGACACAUUCAGUGCUGGUGGGACUUUGGCGCAAGGAGACUUUUGUAUACCCGUAUUUUCCCAGGCAGCUCGCUCCUUUCAGCCCGCUGCUCUGUGUGUUGGUGCUUGUUAUCUUGCUUACUGCCUCUGCUCGGGUCUGUGCUAAGAGCACAGGGGGGCUUGAUCUCUGGAGUGCUGGUCAAUUAAUUCACAAUUUCUUUGUGUGUGUGCAGAGAACUGAGCCUCGGGAGAGAAGAAUGCACAAGCUGGUGCUGAAUAACUUUCUUUAGAGAAUUUUAAUAGUGUAGCAUUUGCUUGAACUGUUUUACCCCAGCUGCGGUUUUCUACUAGGUGUAGCAAUCAAGAUCCAGUAUUUUUUAUAUUUCAACCAUUAUCUGUUACUUCAAUCCUAUUUUUUUUUCCUCAACCUAUUCUAUUUUGCAAGUUAUUUGUUGUAAGUUAGUAAAUUUUCCCGCUUGAUUUAGUGUUCUAGUGCUCCACAUCUUAAAACAUUCAUGCCGUCGGUGUGCUGCCCGAUGUUGAGCUGAAGUUUUCCCGGUCUCGAUUUGGCACUAUUAGCUUUUUUUGUGGUCUUUUUCAGAUAUUUGUGUCUCUGACCAAACUGUGCAUUUUGCUUUCUUUCCAUGUUCUUCAAAGAAACUGCCUUCUCCCAUGCCAGGCUGGUUCCUCCCCCUCCUCCCGGCUCCUUUCUCCGUGCCUCGGCGGAGGUGGGAAGAUGUCGUGCUGGCUUGGCUGCUGGCGGGGGGCAAGGGCUUUGGGGCUUUUCUCUUCAAGGCGUCAGUCGGUCUUGCGCUUUCGUAGAAUCCUGUUGCUUUCGCAUUAAGAGCUUGGUUGCACAACCCUGGUUUACGCAGUGUUCAUCCUGAAAUCAGCAGGCUGCUUCUGUCCCCAGUCCAAUACGUGCUGAAGUUCAGCCAUUUGCAGGUUGAAGUAUCAUGGACAGAAGAUAGCUUGGAUGAUAUGUUUUGCUAGUGUCUCCCUGCAGUUUCAGUUUUAACGAUGGAUAAGUGUAAGCACAUAGGACGUCUGCGACUGGCCCAGGAUCACUCCAUCCUGAAUCCUCAGAAAUGGCACUGCGUGGACUGCAACACCACCGAAUCCGUGUGGGCAUGCCUCAGCUGCUCGCACGUGGCCUGCGGCAGAUACAUCGAAGAACAUGCACUAAAGCACUUUCAGGAGAACGGUCACCCAGUGGCGUUGGAAGUAAACGAGCUGUAUGUUUUCUGUUAUCUCUGUGACGAUUAUGUUCUUAAUGAUAACGCGACGGGAGAUUUAAAGCUGUUGCGGAGUACAUUAAGUGCAAUCAAGAGUCAGAACUAUGAGUGCACUACUCGUAGCGGGAGGACUUUGCGUUCGAUGGCGGCCAGCGACGACUCCUACCUGGCGCAUGACGGUGCCCAAGCCGUGCUUCGGAAUCAGGAUCGCAUGUUCACGGCGCUGUGGCACAGGCGGCGCGCGUUCAUGGGCAAGGUAUUCAGGUCAUGGUUUCAGCUGACGCCGAGUGGAAAAAAGAUUCUGGAGGAAGAAAAGCGUUGGGAAGAGGAGGAGGAAAGAAGGGACAAAGCUAGAAAGAGGAGACAAGAACGAAAGCGCCAGUUGAAAGAAGAGAUGGAAAAGAUGCCCCCAAGGAAGAGUUCUCGUUUACAAAACCAGAUUAGAAUGUCCUCAAAAACAGCACCCUGCAUGCAAAAAGCAUCACAGAAAUUGGAAUCUGUGGCAGAGUUGAAAGAAACGUAUACCUCAGAUGAAGUAAGAUUGAAAAAAAUAAGUGACUCCCCAAUCAAACGAAGGCCCACAGUGACUCCAGGAGUGACAGGACUGAGAAACCUGGGAAAUACGUGCUAUAUGAACUCUAUCCUGCAGGUAUUAAGUCACUUACUUAUUUUUCGAGAAUGCUUUUUAAAGCUUGAUCUCAACCAAACUCAGGAACUGCUGGCAACGGCAGCCAGUGGUAAAACCAGAUCUUCAUCUAAACACCCUUCAGUAACUGCCUCAACAUUACAAGUGAGUGAGAACCAAGAGAAAGGAAAGGGAUCAUCUUCUGUGAGGCGGUCUAGUUUAUCCUCUGGAUUAAGUGGAGGAGCAUCAAAAAGUAGAAAUAUGGAACUUAUUCAGCCCAGGGAGCCCAGUUCAAAGCAUAUUUCUCUUUGUCACGAGCUGCAUACUCUGUUUCAAGUGAUGUGGUCUGGCAAAUGGGCGCUUGUGUCUCCAUUUGCUAUGCUUCAUUCUGUGUGGAGACUAAUUCCAGCCUUCAGAGGAUAUGCCCAACAAGAUGCUCAGGAAUUCCUUUGUGAACUUUUGGAUAAAGUGCAGCAGGAACUGGAGACUACGGGGACCAGAUACCCAGCUCUCAUCCCUGCUUCUCAAAGAAAACUUAUAAAACAGGUUUUGAAUGUGGUUAACAACAUUUUUCAUGGACAGCUAUUAAGUCAGGUUACGUGUCUUGCCUGCGACAAUAAAUCCAAUACCAUAGAACCUUUCUGGGACCUGUCACUGGAGUUUCCUGAGAGGUAUCACUGCAAUGGCAAGGAGAUGGCGUCUCAGUAUCCCUGUCUGCUGACAGAAAUGCUGGCCAAGUUUACAGAAACUGAAGCUUUGGAAGGGAAGAUAUAUGCAUGUGAUCAGUGCAACACAAAACGCAGGAAGUUUUCUUCUAAACCAGUUAUACUCACAGAAGCUCAGAAGCAGCUUAUGGUGUGUCGACUACCUCAGGUUCUCCGAUUACACCUGAAACGGUUUAGGUGGUCAGGACGCAAUCAUCGUGAAAAGAUUGGUGUGCAUGUGAAUUUUGAUCAGAUGCUGAACAUGGAGCCUUACUGCUGCAGAGAAUCCCUCAAGACUCUCCUACCUGACUGCUUUAUCUACGACUUAUCCGCUGUAGUCAUGCAUCACGGGAAAGGAUUUGGCUCAGGGCACUACACUGCCUACUGCUACAAUUCAGAAGGAGGAUUUUGGGUACACUGCAAUGAUUCAAAACUCAACAUGUGCACUAUGGAAGAAGUAUGCAAGGCUCAAGCCUACAUUUUGUUUUACAGCCAACGACUUACUCAGGCAAACGGACAUGGUAAAGUAUGUCCUAGCACAGCUGAAAGUCAGCAGCACACAGAAUUAGCUGACUGCUCUGUGGAGAACAGUAGCAGCUAAUCCAAAGUCAAUUAACUGUGUGUAUGGUAAAGUUUGAAUUCUUGUCACUAUAUAUUUUUAAAUGUAAGUACAGUAUUGUACUUUCUGACUUUGUGUACAAUGUUUAUAUACUUUUGUAUUAGGUAAAAUACUCUUUACAAUUGUUAGUAAAAGUUUUUAUUGACAGUAAGUAACUUUCUAAGUAACUAGAAUUUCAAUACAGCUAUUUUUUUAAGAAAAAGAUUGCCAUUUGCAUUUAACUCUUACCUCAGGCUGUUUUUUUAAGCUGUUUUUGUAUUUUGAUAAUCUUUUUGAAUUGGUUUAGAAAAAUGACUUUCAAUGGAUAACUGAUGUUUCUCUGGUUAAUUUUCUGUAUAUGCUUGUGUACAUUUUAUAGCGUAGUUUUAAUGGUAUCAAGACUCUUACUGUCUGCAGGAAUUGUUACUAGGUCUUAGAAUAUUAACAUUCACCUGCAAAGAAUGUUCUACAUGUCAAAUAGAAACUGAACUUUUUGUAAGAAACUUUUUGUAUGUUCUUCAUGACUAAAAUGAAAUUUAUGUGCAGGCUUCUCCCCAGGCUUUCAAGUGAGCUACACUAAAGCUACACUGAUGGAUUUCCUUAAAAUCUGAAAUUAAGGAAAUAAGCACAUACUUACUUUCAUACAAGUGUUUCAGGAGGAGUGUUCAAUAGCACAAGAAUGCAUGUUUACUAAGACUUGCAUGUUUUAGCCUUAAUGAGUCUGAUGAUUUAAAAUUCAAGUGCCAAAUCCAAAGUAUUGAUUUUGACAACCAGGGCCUUUUUAUUCCAGUAACUUAAGAAAGCUUAUUAAGAAAGACAUCUCCACCCUGCCCAGUCAGUGUGACAAGACUGUUAGCAUCUCCUUUCUUAAAUUGGACAAGCUUAUUUAAAAUUGUAGCAUUUUCUGUUUCACAAGCCAUUAAAAAGAAGCUGUAAGAGUUGUAGUUGAUGAAACCAGUCAGGUGCGAAGUGCUUUCGUACAACUGCUGUACCUUUUCCAUGGUCCUACCACUAGCAUUAACAGAAGUGUGCAUCGAGGAGAAUCUAACAAGCGGGAAUCAGUCUUUCUCCACAUGCAGUAGUUAAUGCCAAGUAAAUUUUAAUUGUGAAGUUAUUUUGCAUAAGUCCUAUGCAAAUUGUUACCUCAUCUUCUGCAAAGUUUAUACCUCAAUAAAAUGCCUUGAUGUGGACAUAAA